UCGGUUUAUAAUGCAUGACCUGAUCAAUGAUCUAGCUCAAGUGGUUGCAGGAGAAAUAUGCUUCAAACUGGAGGGUAACAAACAACUGAAAAAUUCAGAGGGCACUAGACAUUCAUCUUAUGUUCGCAGCUUGUAUGAUGGAGCGAAAAAGUUUGAAGCCUUUGGUCACAUGAAACGUUUACGAACCUUUCUACCAUUUAUGCUGCCAAAUGAUGGGGUUUGCCUUCUAACCAACACUGUCCUCGUUGAUUUAUUGCCCAAACUUCGAUGCUUAAGGGUUCUUUCUUUGAAAGGGUAUUACAUCACUGUGUUACCAAACUUUUUCGAAAAUUUGGUGCAUUUACGCUACCUAGAUUUCUCUUAUACUGCAAUCAAAAGUCUACCCGAUUCAAUAUGCGCCCUUUACAAUUUAGAAACCUUACCAUUGAGGAAGUGUUGGUUAGAAAAGUUACCCUCAGAAAUAGAACUCCUAUCCAACUUGAAUCAUCUUGAUAUCACUGGUACAAAGAUGAAAGGAAUGCCCUUUGGAAUUGGGUUGGAGAACAUUGCCAAUGCUCAAGAUGCAUGGGAAGCUAAGUUAAUCGACGAAUCUGGCCUUAAUGGAUUACAACUAAAGUGGAGUACUAAUUUUAGUAAUAAUACAAGGAAUAAAGCAGUUGAAGAAGAGGUGUUGAACAUGUUUGAACCUGACAGAGAUCUUAAACAGCUCGUCAUUGAGAAUUAUGGUGGUGCAAGAUUUCCGAAUUGGAUAGCAGAUCCUUCAUUACAAAACCUGUUGUCUUUGGAUCUCAACAACUGUCGAAAUUGCAAAUUACUGCCACCAAUUGGAAAACUGCCACUGCUAAAAGAUCUUUCUAUCAGGGGAAUGCAUGAAUUGAAUAAGGUUGGCAUUGAGUUCUCUGGAUAGAA